AUGUCGAAUCAACCUUACAACUAUGCUUAUAUCUUCAAGUACAUCAUAAUCGGUGAUAUGGGAGUUGGGAAGUCUUGUCUUCUCCAUCAGUUCACCGAAAAGAAAUGUAAGUUUUUAUUUUCAGUUCUUUUUAUUUUGACUUUAGUCAUGGCUGACUGCCCACAUACGAUUGGAGUUGAAUUUGGGACCAAAAUCAUCGAAGUUAACGGCCAGAAGAUAAAGUUGCAAAUCUGGGAUACUGCUGGACAAGAGAGGUAUGAUUUUUGUUUCCUGAUUUUGGAACAUUAUGAACAUUAGAUGUCAAGUACAACGUAAUUUUUUCCAGGUUUCGCGCUGUGACUCGCUCUUAUUAUCGAGGAGCCGCAGGUGCCUUAAUGGUGUAUGAUGUGACCCGACGAUCGACAUACAACCAUCUUAGCUCAUGGCUAGCUGAUGCCAAGAACUUAACCAACCCCAACACCGUAAUAUUCUUGAUUGGAAACAAAUCUGAUAUGGAUGCUCAAAGAGACGUGACUUAUGAAGAAGCCAAGGCCUUUGCGGAUGAGAAUGGGCUACUAUUUAUGGAAUGCUCAGCUAAAACGUGAGAUUUAAGACAUUUUUUUUGUUGAAGUUUAGGUCGAUUGACGGAUUUUUUGAAGUAAACCGUAUUUUUUAUAUGAGUAUAGUAGAGUUUGAUAAAAAUUUUGUUUUGAGCCGAAAGAAUAAUGUAUUGUCAAUAUUUCAGCGGUGAAAAUGUCGAAGAUGCUUUCUUGGAGACAGCCCGGCGGAUCUUCCAAAACAUCCAGGAUGGAAGGUAGGAUAACAUUAAAUUUUCUUUCAAAAUCAAAAGAUUUUUGAAUAUUGUAGUAGAAUUGAACAGUAUACGAAUAAUGAAUGAUAUAACACUUAUUUUCAGCCUGGACCUAAACCAAGCCGACACCGGAGUCCAACCGAAACAACAGCUAACCGCGAGGAAUGGCGCUGCUGGUCAGGGAGAAAACAAACAGUGCAAUUGCUGA